AUGAGUUACUCCGUGAAUAGUUCUAUCAGCAGUUAUGUGCACUGGUUUACACCAGGGCUUCGUUCGACUCUCGACAUUAUUCCGCCGGCCGCUAGACCCGUGGAGGAGGAAAAGACUGGGUUUCGACGCAAAACCUUGUCGUACAAUAUCUUCACAAUUCUCCCCGUAGAGAUCAUCCGCGAGAUUGGGAAUAUUCCUGGCUAUCCCGAUGCAGUCGCCGCGCUCGCACUAUGCAACAAAGAUCUCGAAUAUAUUUUGGAAGGCUUCUGUGACCCCGUACACACUGCAUACGUCGCCAUGUGUAGCCUAGGGAUCAUUCUGAUUCGGCGCACACUUCGGAAGAGCGGAGGGAGAGCCCUGAGAGAUGACUUAACUAGGUCCAUGAACGAUAUGUACGCUCUAAAUUCGAUUGUGCAGAACAACUGCCGGGAUAUCUUCGCAAUUAUCGAGCCGUACAUUACCUACGGGGAUCCGAGUAUGCGAGCUGCCGCCAUCUCCGCCGUGGGAGACAAAUAUUACACAAUGGUGCACCGCCUCAUCCCUUACCUCUCAGAUGCGGUUAUCGUCGAAGUCUUCGGAAUGACUUGCACCACCGGCAAUUCAUCCGUCGUCGACAUCCUUAUCUACCACUUACCGACUCGCCUUUGGGAAAGGGUUGGGGCUAUGGUCCGUAUGUUUUGUGACGGUGGGGCUGAUGUCAACGCCCUCGAUUCGCAAGGCCGCACGGCGCUCCACCACCUCGCAUCGUACGACUCGAGAGUUGUUACCCCCACGAUGGAAGUUCAAAACAACUUCAACAAGGGCAGACUCGUAUGGCUCUACGAAUGUACGCUAUGGACUAUUAUCAAUGCCGGGGCGGAUAUCAACCUUCAAGACGAAUGGGGGAAAACCCCGCUCCACAUUGCCGUGGAGCGUAAGGAGUCUAUCAUGAUCAAGGUCCUUAUGGAGGCCGGUGUGAACGCUUUAAUUGCUGACAACGAAGGAGUCAGAGCCAGUAAAGCGAAUAGGACUGCUCACUUCGCACCACAUACUAUCGAAUUCAAGGUUCUCAUGUUGGAGAUGCAAUAG